CAGACAAGGAAAUAGGGUGAGAAUCAACAGGUUGUGUCAGGCCACGAUAUCGUAGGUCAAACUUGGAAAGUCUCAGUCAACAAUUUUGAAGAGAUUUGGAAAAUUAUUCAGCUGAAUAUGACAAUGAAGUUGGUGAUAUGUACAUUGCUGUCGGUAGUAGCGUCCAUAAAUGCAGAUUCAAACGCUGUGGCCUUCUCUGCUGGUCUGUCCAAAAAUCUCGUGCUUGCGCACACAGAGGUCGUGGUCUACGAUAGAAUCUUCACAAACAUUGGCUCAGGGUACGAUUCCACCACGGGCAAAUUUCGCUGUCCAACCAGCGGUGUCUAUGUCUUUCAAUUCCACUCCGUUGCAAACCAGGAUAAAACAAUUUGGACAGAACUCUGGCACAACGGAUACUACAUCUGCUCAAUGUAUGGUCAUACUUCUGGUGACUAUGCUUCAGGAGGAAAUUCGGCCGUUCUUCGGUUAACAAAAGGUGAUGAAGUGUAUAUCAAGGCCGUCGAUGCCGUCAAUGGAGCUGCCACCAACAUGUACGGGGCCAGUGACGAAGUUUACUCCACCUUCUCUGGCUAUAUGGUGGCCCCCGUGUUUGAAGAAUUCCCGUCCGUCGUGGGAUAGAAUUGCCUGUUCAAGAAAGACUGUAAAGAGUAUUUAGAAAUAAAAAAAAUAUUUGAU